AGUAAAGUUCAUAAUGAAUUAAGUGAUAUUAGAGAAAAAAAUAAUUUUACAGAUAUAUUUUAUGCAGCUACUAGAUGUUUUACUAAUGAACUCGAAUCAGAAAAGAUUAGAAAUAAUGAUCAAGAUUAA